UAUGUAGAUACGUAAUGUGUAUUUAAACAUUGUCUAGACGUACAUCAUAAUCAGUGUUCAUAAGAUAGUUAAAUUUAAUUAUAUUAUCGAUUUUUGUACAAACAAUAAAUAUUUAGGUACAAGUUACUUAUGCAUAUUAGUAUUUGAAGAGAUUUUGUUGUUCGCGUGUCGUGUAAAGUAUAGAAAAAAAAAACGAAAAAAAAAACGAAAAAAAAUCCACGUAACAGAUACGAACCACUUGACGUAGUUAAGUUAAAAUCCGAGAGUAACAUAUAAUUACUCGUGUAUACGUUUCUAUAGGUUCUCACGUUUUCAGUAAGAAAGAUAUGUUACGUCAGAUAGAUAGUAAUAAAGGUUAGGCGCCGUCACAGGAGAACGUGGCGGCUUUAUCACGCCGAACAAUAGAGAAUCCAUACUGUUGAUUUAUAAAAAGAAAAUAUUUUGAUUCGAAGGAAAAACGCGUCUAAGCACGCUACGUAUUAGAAAAUGGGUGAUUCUAAGGCUCAACAUGGAACACAGGAGAUGAAAGGAUGGCUCUUUAAAUGGACCAACUACUUGAAAGGUUAUCAAAGAAGAUGGUUUGUCCUGUCAAACGGCCUUCUGUCAUAUUACAGGGCUGAACCAACAGGGGGGCCAAAGAUAUCAACGCGACGCAAGCGGAGAGCUGGCAGAGCCUCCGAAAAUCCAACGGAGAUGUCUCAUACAUGCAGAGGCACGAUAUCCAUGCACGGGGCCUUAAUACACACUGUAGAUGCUUGCACUUUUGUUGUAAGCAAUGGUGGUACCCAAACUUUUCAUAUAAAGGCAGCUACAGAAGUAGAACGUCAACAAUGGGUCACGGCUCUUGAGUUGGCUAAGGCCAAGGCUAUUCAAGCCGUAGAAUCUGAUGAAGAAGAAGAAGAGUAUCAAGAUAAUGACAAUCAAAAAGUAGAACAGGGUACUGCUGUCAAAGAUCUGAGUCAACGUUUAGAUGACUUGCAGGCUUGUUACGAUUUAAUCACCAAGAGAGGAUUUACUCUUCAACGAGCAUUGAAUGAAUUGGAAACUCUAGAACCACCAUAUCCUGAUCUAACAACCAAAAUAAAAACUCUCAACGAGAAAGCUACUCUCUUCCGUAUUGCUGCCACUGCUAUGAUCAGUAAAAGCAAUGACUAUUUCCAAUUAGCCCAGCAACAGGAACCAAAAUGGAAGAGAAUGUUACAACAUGAACGCGAUCAGAAGGUGCGCAUAGAGAAAAUGGUUGAACAACUAGCUAGGCAGCAUUCGCACUUGGAAGAAGCUGCGCAACAUGCGCUUCCCUCGGUGACACCAGCGGGAGGACACAGACCUUCCCAUUCAGCGAUAACUACAUCUCCAUCAGAAGACGAAGAAGAUAAUGCUGAGUUUUAUGAUGCUCAAGAGUCGGACACAUUUACAUUGACUAUUCCAGGAGUAGCCUCAACCAAUUCAAUAUCUCACCAGAGAGAUCGAACUGAUUCUCAAGGAAGUGAUGAUGGCUCUAGCUCUGAAGGGGAUCCAACACCUUUGCCAGUUUCAGAUUCUGCUAGAGCAGAGUCAUUUCUUAUUGUGACCGAUUCUACGGCAAUACAACCUUCUUCUCCUGUUACAAAUACAGACGAGCUGGACAAUACGGCUUGGCAAAGCAACAAUGGCGGCAGCAGUGGCACCGGGUUAGCAACCACACCUAGUAGCAGAAACAGAAGAACUAGAGUACCUGAUAAACCUAAUUAUCCUUUAAAUCUAUGGAGUAUUAUGAAGAAUUGUAUUGGCAAAGAUUUGUCAAAGAUUCCUAUGCCUGUUAAUUUCUCAGAACCACUUAGUAUGCUUCAGAGGCUUACAGAAGAUUAUGAAUAUGCAGAAAUUCUUGAUAGAGCAGCAGAAUGUACUGACAGCUACGAACAAAUGGCCUAUGUAGCUGCAUUUACUAUUUCGAGUUAUUCUACAACUGCUACUAGAACAGGCAAACCUUUUAAUCCAUUAUUAGGUGAAACGUAUGAGUGCGAUCGCACAGAUGAUCUUGGUUGGCGAGCGAUUUCCGAGCAAGUUUCACAUCAUCCUCCGAUGCUAGCUCAACAUUGCGAAGGUAGGAAAUGGCGUUGCUGGCAAGAAUUCACUAUGGCUUCUAAGUUUCGCGGAAAAUAUCUUCAGGUAAUUCCUUUAGGCACUGCUCAUUUAGAAUUUAAUACGGAAAAACAACAUUAUACAUGGCGUAAAGUAACGACCACUGUACACAAUAUAAUAGUUGGAAAGUUAUGGGUUGAUCAAAGCGGUGAUAUGGAUAUUGUCAAUCACAAAGAGGGUGUCAAAUGUCAUCUAAAGUAUAUACCAUACUCGUAUUUUUCAAGAGAUAGUCAACGUAAAGUAAAAGGCGUUGUCAUGAAUUCGAGUAAAGAGGUCAAAUGGGUUGUUCAAGGUACAUGGGAUUCAAAGAUAGAAAUAGCUCCUGUUAUUAGUACAUCGGGAGCUCCAGAUAAUCCUGUAUAUAAAACAGGACCAUAUAUAUUAGCUUGGAAACGACGUAUGCCUCCCGAUGAUUGCGAAAGGUAUUAUUCAUUUACGGAAUUGGCCUGUCAGUUGAAUGAACCAGAAGAUGGCAUUGCACCUACAGAUUCACGACUAAGACCUGAUCAGAGAUUAAUGGAAGAUGGACAAUGGGAUGAAGCUAACGUUGAGAAACUUCGACUCGAAGAGAAACAGAGGGCUGCACGACGUAAUCGAGAACACGAAGCUGAAAAAGCUGCUUCCCAAGGUUUACCAUAUGAAACUUGGGAACCUUUAUGGUUUAAGAAACAACAGGAUCCUUACACAGAUAGUCUUUGCUAUAUGUAUAGCGGCGAAUACUGGGAGUGUAAGAACAAAGGCGAUUGGUCAAGAUGUCCAAACAUAUUUUAGUUUAUAAUAUAUCACUUUACAAUUUGACCGCCCAUUUACAGUAAAGAAAAGUUUGGAUCUUUUAACGCAAAGUUAAAUAGCGAUAGCGAUAUCACGGACGCGAAGAAUAUUAUAAUAUUCAUAAAUAUGUCGAACGUGUGAUAUUGUGGGGUUGUUAUUGGGUGUGGUAUAGUUUUUUUUUUUUUUUUUUUUUUUUUUUUUUUUUUUUUUUUUUUACUUCUUCCAAUGAAGUGAACAAAAGUUGACGCUUGCAAAUAUGACACGUAGUAUAUUGUAUCUUUUGUACUUUUGUGUCAUGACCGUGCUGACUGCUACCUGCCUUUCCUAUUUUCUUCCUUCCUAUUGCUAUGUCCUUCCUAUGGUUUCGCUAAUUCGGUCGGUCAUACGAUCGGUCGGUCACACAUCAAAUUCUACAAAACAAUUGUCGUCCAUAUUUAGUGAUUUUGUAAAAACCGAGUUCUUCGAAUCUCAUUGCUUCAAGUUUUUCUAUGAGCAGGCAUUUUUCAAUCCUUCAAAAUGUCACCAGUAAGAAACAUCCUAAUGAUUUGUAAAAUACGUAAUACGUAAUAUAACAGUUUAUUGUACAGUUAGAAUAGCAAUUUUUCAAUAGUACAAUUACUAACGACCAUUCGUAUGAACUAUUUGGAUUUAUGUCAUUCAGUAUUACUAUGCGUCAGUGAAAAAUUCACAAAUAUCAUGUCGUUUUCCUCUUUUUAAUGAACUUUAUUAUAUUCAGGCUUUAAUUGAAAUUCUGUCAUAUCAUAGAAAUGUCAUGUUUUCAUAUAUUUUAAUAUUACAUAUUAUACAUCGCGGAAAGUACUUAUGCAAACUGUGAAACGUAUGUGUUACUGUGCUUCGCGCGAUGUGAUUUUUGCAAAUGAAUAAAAGAAAGGAUAUUCAAAUUGUGAUGAAAGCGUUGCUUGCAUAUAUUUUCAAUGAGAUGGAUGGUGUCCUUCUUUGGCUCUAUUAAAACACCUACUUAACAAAAAAAAAACAAAAAAAAAAAAAAAAAAACAAAAAAAAAAAAAA